CUGUAAGUAUAAAGACUCACAAAAUGUUGUUUUGUGGCAAUUUUUUAUUAUCCUAUUUAAUGAUGGGGCAAAUGAGGCAAGUGGUAACACUACUGCUCUUUUCCAGUAUAUCAUUUGGUUUACUGCCGACAGCAAAGACAGAAGAAAAUAUAAUGAUGGUUUCGUCUCCAUUUGAUUUGCACCUGGUGCAUCUGGAUCUCAAGGGGGCUCCACCCAAAGUCUCAUACCUGGCAGAGAUCUUCCCAUUGCUCCAUGUCCUGGGUGCAAAUGGUAUUCUCCUUGAAUAUGAGGAUAUGUACCCUUAUGAUGGAGAACUGAAGCCACUCCGAGCAAAUGAUGCAUACAGUCCCUCUGAGGUUAAAGAGAUAUUAAAGCUGGCAAAGUCGCAUGAUUUAGAAGUUAUCCCCUUAAUACAGACGUUUGGACAUAUGGAGUUUGUUCUGAAGCACAAAGAAUUCUGCCACCUCCGGGAAGUGGCAAUGUUCCCCAACACAGUGAACCCUCAUAAAGAAGAUUCCUUGAAGUUGGUUAGCACAAUGAUAGAGCAAGUAAUGGCACUACAUGACGAUCUCCGAUGGUUUCACAUUGGCUGUGAUGAGGUGUAUUACCUUGGUGAAGGGGAAGAAUCCAAGCAAUGGCUGCAGCAAGAAGAAAAUACUACUGAAAAGUUGUGCCUAGCCCACAUGAAAGCAGUGGCCAAUCACGUAGUCUCAACCCAUCCCACAGUGAAACCAAUUGUGUGGGAUGACAUGCUGAGGAGAAUGAGUGAAGAAACUCUGAGAGAUUCUGGGUUAGCACAACUGACAGAGCUGAUGAUUUGGGAUUAUUCUACUGAUCUUGAUGUGGAGAGUAAAGCCAGUCUCAUUGAAAAGUACCAGAAGUGUAACUUCUCAAAAUUCUGGUUUGCUAGUGCCUUUAAAGGAGCCACUGGAGUAAAUCAGUGCUUGACACUCAUUGGACAUCAUCUUAAAAACCACGAGCAAUGGCUGAAAGUGGCCAAGAGCUGUUCUGUUGGUAUCAUAAGAGGGAUCACUCUGACUGGCUGGCAAAGGUAUGAUCACUUCUCCGUUUUGUGUGAACUUCUGCCUGUGGGAAUUCCAUCCUUAGCUAUAUGUCUCCAAGCAUUAAGGAAUGGUGGCUAUUCAGAAAAAGUGAGAGAAGAUGUAGAAAAAUUACUGGGGCUCUCCCAUUUGGAAAUAGACACCUUCAUGAGUGAAAUCACAGGGACUUUCCCAGGAAAUGAAAUUCUCUCGUUUGUGACUCAAAUUGCAUUCUACCUCAAAUCCUCAAUAGACGAACUUUUGGAAAAUAACAGUAUCAUUUUGUUAUGUAUUAAAUUACCCAAUAAAUAUUACCUCAUGGUUACAUGGCAUUUAAAGAGUAUCAGUAUUUUUGAUCAUCACAAUCAUUUGCAUUUCUGUUUCUUUCCAGAUUCUGGGUUAGCACAACUGACAGAGCUGAUGAUUUGGGAUUAUUCUACUGAUCUUGAUGUGGAGAGUAAAGCCAGUCUCAUUGAAAAGUACCAGAAGUGUAACUUCUCAAAAUUCUGGUUUGCUAGUGCCUUUAAAGGAGCCACUGGAGUAAAUCAGUGCUUGACACUCAUUGGACAUCAUCUUAAAAACCACGAGCAAUGGCUGAAAGUGGCCAAGAGCUGUUCUGUUGGUAUCAUAAGAGGGAUCACUCUGACUGGCUGGCAAAGGUAUGAUCACUUCUCCGUUUUGUGUGAACUUCUGCCUGUGGGAAUUCCAUCCUUAGCUAUAUGUCUCCAAGCAUUAAGGAAUGGUGGCUAUUCAGAAAAAGUGAGAGAAGAUGUAGAAAAAUUACUGGGGCUCUCCCAUUUGGAAAUAGACACCUUCAUGAGUGAAAUCACAGGGACAUUCCCAGGAAAUGAAAUUCUCUCGUUUGUGACUCAAAUUGCAUUCUACCUCAAAUCCUCAAUAGACGAACUUUUGGAAAAUAACAGAUAUGUUACAGGCUGGUUUAGUCCCUAUCACAGAAAAAGAAAGAAGAUCCAUCCCAUAAUGAUUCAUCACUUUCAGCCAGAUGCCAUAAGGCUUCUGACCAAAUGGACUGUUCUAACCGAAGAGUUGCAAACAGCCAUGAAAAAGAUUUUCUACACCUCUGCUGUAGAAGAAUGGAUAGAAGAGAAUGUCCAACCAAGCCUUCAAAGACUUCAAGGAACAGUAGAUGAUUUGAACUGUGCAGUACAGGAACUCUCUUAGUAUUUUGAUCUAUGACUUUGCUAAUUGGAAACCCAACUUUCAGCUAGAAUCAAGCAAAUAAAUAAUAGGGUAUGUCCAGAUGAAUUUCAAUAAGCUUGGCAUUACAACAAAAAGCUGAGGUUAUGAGUCUUCUUUCUAUCAUGCUUCUAUACAAUCCUCUGUGUAAAGGUGUACACAGUGUAGAAUUUCUAAAUUUAAAAAUCAUGCAGACACUUUAUCUUUUAAGUAAAUCUUAUUAAUAUGCUUAGAAUAUUUCCCCUGAAGUACGAGAAAAGUUAAGUAUAAAAAUUUGUCUCUCAGUACUACAGUGGUUAGGAAUCUUCUAAUUAAACAGUGGUAGGACAUUCAGGGAACAUUCAGGGAACAGCAAAGGGACUGUCUUCACGCAAUCAAGAAUUUUAAGGAAAAUAAGAUAGUGAGGAUUAGCAUAUAGACAACUUAAUAAUGGGCUUGUACAAACUUUACAUGGAAUUUGUAAUGUGUGAGAAAAAGAAAACACACAAGAGUAAUCUCUUCCAUUUAACUAAGUCUGUUUAUACAUUGACAAGUAAUCUCGCAUCUGUUACACUGUUUCUUGAAGCUGUGCAUUUAUUUACAGUUUCUGGAAACUAUACAUUUAGUGAUUUAAGCUUGUAAAGCACUAACUGUUCCUUUUGUCAGAUAUUUAAUAUAGGAAAAAUAUGCAAUUUUGUUAAAGACACACUUUACUUUUAACUUCAAAUAAGCACCUUCCAUUUUAAGUAUUAAGGUUCAUCCAGGCAAGAACUUUAAUUAAAUAGUAUUUUCCAAUAAAUCAAACUGCCUGGUUGAGAUUAGUUUACAACCGAAAUGUUUAUAAGUAAAUGUUGAACUUAGACUUUUUUUCAGAAUUAUAUAAAAGAAGAGUGCCUAUCUUAUCCUAGUCAUUUCCAAGAAGUUCUCAAAUUGCUUCCAACAGAAUAUCUUAAUAUUGACCCCCAAAUAACCAUCUGUAAUGAGUUCUGAGAUGAGCAAUGAGCAUUAGGUUCCAUUUACCAAACAGGUGACAGCCUUAUGCCUAAAUUUCCAGAUGCAGCUCAGGUUCUCUAACCAUCUCAAAGAUACAAGUCUAUGUUGGAUUCAAUUUGAUAUGGAAUCAUUAUUUUAAUGUUCUAAUUAUAAUCUUGUUUAGAUGGAUAUUUCUUCUAUUGUAUUUCAGUGAAUUGUGAAUUAUCCAGUUUUUAAAAGUGCACAUAUUUGUAGACACAGUUCUAUUGCUUAAUUGUGCAAGAAGAAACUUUUAAUUUCUAAUGUCCUAUCUCCAGUAAACAAAUAUUUACAGAA